AUGCAUUCUGCCCUUCCUCAAUCCACUUUGGAUGGCAGAUUUCAUGCUCGAAAGCCCAGUAUAUUCGGUAGUCAUGGACUGCCCGUGCUGUUUGGUUAUUUGCGGUCUCCUGUAGCUAGAAGCAUAGGUGUCAUUCUUGGCUUUUUCUUUACUGCGUAUCUACUUAUAUUCGCAGCCGGCGGACCCGGGGUCAGUUCUUAUAAGACCUAUGUACGGAAAAUGUCAAAUGGUGCCGAAACGGUGAUGUAUUCAACAUCACCGUAUAUCACACCGGAUAUCACCCGGUUGGCUGAGUACCGUACUUCACAAUAUGUCACAUUAGCAGAUGGUAAGAUAGUCGACAGCCGGAAACAUGCUAUUUUAUACAACGGACCUAAACCAGGGCCUCAGAUUGUUCUGGUUAUUGGUCUCGACUCGGAUGCGUACAGUCAAGAAUAUCUUAAUCAAAUUCUGGAAGACCGUAAAGCAUAUGCCAAGAAGCAUGGUUAUGGUUUGUAUGCCCGGUAUAUUAGAGACUAUGUGGGCAACAUGCCAGGAGGUAUGGACGAUGCAGAGACGGCCGCUUCGUUUGGUAAAGUGUUUCUGAUUCGAGAAGCCAUGUAUGCGUUCAAAGAUUGUAAAUGGGUGUGGUGGCUAGAUCAGGAUGCAGUUAUUAUGAACCACGACCUUAAAGUCGAGUCUGAUAUCCUCGACCCUGCUGCAUUGAAAGAACUGAUUAUUCGAGAUGCUCCUAUUCUCCCUCCAUCCAGCGUUGUCCACACAUAUAAACGAGUACCUGCGGAAAAGAUCCGACUCAUAGUGACGCAGAACGACCGAGGCAUCUCGACGUCGUCUUUCCUAGUGUCCAACGAUCAGAUAUAUGGCCAUAUACUGAUAGGAUACUGGAUGGACCCGUUGCAACGAGGAUACCAAGGGUUCAACGAUAACAAUGCGCUCAACCGGCGACUCGACGCAUCCCUUUCGCAUAUGGUGCAAUGGCACCCGGCCAUUCUCAGCCGGAUGGCCGUCAUCCCACGACGAACCAUCGCUUCCUCGAUAGACGAAGGCGAUGUUCUCAAAAACCAGCAGUACGCUGCCGGCGACUUUGUCAAGAUCCUACGUUCAACCAACGAGGAACAAGCCCCGCCUCUAGAAAAGCUCACCGAGCAGCUCAAAACGGCUCUAAAGGAGCGGACGGGCCUACCUGAUCCGACAAAGAGCAAAGAAAAGUAA